AUGAAAUCCACAUGAAACCCAGUAGUGAACUCCAAGCCUAAAUGAAUACCUUUCAGUUCUUCCAACCUCUAAAUGUUAUUAUAUAUACAAACACUGCCAAUAAAACAAGCUGACAUCCAUAGUUUCAUAAAAGAGAGAAAAACAGAAUAGAAAACCAAGUAUGAAUCCAACUCUUGUUUUAUUCAUCAUCAUCUUAUGCAGUACUUCCAUCAGCAUUUGCCUGGCAGAUAAUGAUAAUCUUCAGGAUGCUUGUCCGACCAACACGACAGUUACACGAAUGGUGUUCAUAAACGGUUUCCCUUGCAAGAACCCUUCAAGCAUCAGUUCUGCAGAUUUCACGACAUCAAAUCUAAAAGAUGCUGGAGAUACAGACAACUUUCUUCAUUCCUCAGUAAAUAUAGUCACUGCUGCAGAUUUCCCAGGCCUGAACACCCUCGGCCUAUCCAUUGCUCGAACCGACCUCGAUCUGGAUGGCAUGGUAAUGCCUCAUUCUCACCCCAGAGCCUCUGAGUUAUUCUUUGUUCGCAAAGGCAUCGUUCUUGCAGGUUUCAUUGACACCAACAAUAAUCUCUUUGAGUCCUUAAUCAAUGAAGGAGAUGUGUUCUUGUUUCCCAGGGGCCUGCUCCAUUUUUGCAUGAACGCUGGUUAUGAGCCGGCCAUUGCGUUCUCUGUGAUGAAUAGCCAGAACCCUGGUGUGGUGAGCAUUGGUGGCGCCGUCUUUGAGACUGACAAACUACUGAUAGAUAAGAUUGUAAGAAGAUUGAUCUCCGUUCGGGGAACAAAUAUGGCUAACUUUUCAAAAAUUCAUAUCCAGUAAAAGCCUUGGAAACAUGGUGUUUUAAGUACAUGGUUUUUCUACUGCAUGAGGUGAAAAAUUGCAACCUGUGAUUUAAAAAGUGCUUAAUUAUUUGAGUGAUUUCAUGUUUCACUUUGUAGAAAAGAAAGUUAUUUCUUGGGAAUCUGCCUUUUAGUCUAUGUAUAGUAUUAAUUUUCUCUUGUAUUUAGAGUCAUAAUUAAUGUCUCUAAAUCUUGAUUUGUUUGAAAUGGCAUUGUGUUGAAUAA